AUGGCAGCCGAGAAGUUUCAUUUCCUCAUUGUUGGAGUUCCGCUGUCCCCGCUGCACAAUUGCAUCUCGAUUGGGCAGGAGCUGUGCCUGAGGGGCCACAAUGUCACAGUGAUGAGCUUUGCAGACCGAGGACGGCAAAAGGUGGCAAAGUACGCGCCGAAGUGCAAGCUGAAUUACCUCAGCCUUGGCGAGCUGCCGGUUAGCGACGACAAGGAGGAGGAGCUGGUGCGCCAGAUGUUGACCUCGAACAGCACUUUGCUGCAGAUGUCCUUCAUGAUGCAGAACUUCAUGACGCCCUACUUUGAUCAGCUGCAAGUGGGCGUGUCCAAGGCGCUGAAGAGUGGGCUGGUGACGCUCAGCUGA